AUGCAGAUAUUCGUAAAGACGCUCACAGGGAAAAUAAUAACCCUAGAAGUAGAGAACCACGAUACAAUUGAAAACGUAAAGGCAAAGAUCCAGGACAAGGAGGGAAUACCCCCUGACCAGCAGAGAUUGAUCUUUGCAGGUAAACAGCUUGAAGAUGGGCGAACACUUUCUGACUACAACAUCCAGAAAGAAAGCACCAUCCACUUGGUGCUUAGACUGAGAGGAGGAGGAAAGAAGAAGAAGAGAAAGGCAUACACCACCCCCAAGAAAGUCAAGGUUGUCAAGGAGAAGAGAAAGCUUGCGUGCCUGGCCCACUUUGAGGUAGGACAGGAUGGUAAAGUCAAGAUUCUGAAGAAGACGUGCACGAACUGUGGGCCUGAGAUAUUUAUGUCUACCUUUGCCGGUGGGUCAUUCUGUUCAAAGUGCUUCACCUCAGUCCUGACAGAGGAUAAGCAAUAA